CAGAGAAAUGAGCCAUUGUCCCCGCGCAGUGCCAGCCCCGCCAGCCACCACCGCGGACCCGGCCGGCACAGGCUGCCUGGUGGGACACAGCGGCUGUGCCAUGGCCAGGCUGGUGGGGCCAGCAGCAAUCCUGGUCCUCCUCUGCCUGGCCGUGGGUCUGGAGGCCAGCCCGGAGCUCUCCGGGUACCUGCGCAAGGUGCUGAGGAACCACACUGCUCACACCUGCGAUGGAGAGCAGCUCCUCAUCGUCUGCCCUCGCAAAACCACCAUCAGCAUCCUCGGUGCCUUCUACGGGCGCCGUGUGCCCAGCACCAACCUCUGCCCCAGCCCUGGCAACGCCUCCCAGGAGAGCACAGAGUGCACGUCGGGAACCGCCCACCUGAAGCUGCUGGCUGAGUGCCAGGACAAGCAAUGGUGCCAGUUCUCAGUGCACAGCCAAGUCUUUGGGCCAGACCCGUGCCCUGGGACGCACAAGUACCUCAUCACUUCCUACAAGUGCCGGCCAGGGAACCAUCGGAUCAAGACCGUGUGUGAGAAUGACAAGCUUAGGCUGCAGUGCCGACCAAAAUCCAUCCUGGCCAUUUAUUCUGCAAAUUAUGGACGAUUCCUGCGGGGCAAACCCGAGUGUGAUGCCCUGAAUACUGGGGGACCCCAUAUAGAGUGCUUGGCUCCAGACGCCCUGCGCAGGGUGUUCAAGAAGUGCCACCGCAAGGGGAACUGCACCGUGGCUGCUGACGAGGCCACCUUUGGGGACCCGUGCCUCCCCGGCAUGAAGAAGCAGCUGCGAGUCUCUUACACCUGUGUGCCCAAGCAGCUGCUGGAGGAGGUGGGCCCUGACACCUCGGACCCCUUCCUGCUCUCGGACUACAUGCACGGUGUCCCAGAGAAAGUCGGCCUCUACUUUCUUUGCGGGGUCUCAGGAGGCCUCAUGCUGCUGCUGUGUAUCGUCAGCCCCAAAACAGCCUUCCUGCAGGAGGUGGGGGAGGCUCUCAAAGACCCAGAGCUGGGGAGCAGCUCAGAGCUGGGCAGGACCAAGCUGCGGGAUGAGCAGGAUGAAGACCUUCCUGACGACAGCUCCUCAGACUCCUCCUUCCGCCGCCUCACCCGCACCUACCGGGCCACCGACAGCAUCUUCAGCCCUGAGCUGACAGCAGCCAUGGAGGGAGCGGUGGAUCACCAGGGCUACGGCGGGGAGGAGAUCUGGAUGCCCAAGGAGUCCAGCCCGUAUGCCAUCCAUAAGAUCAAAUCAGCCACCAAAUAAGGACUGGAAGAAAAUGGGUGGGGAGCAGCAGGGGGUGCAGGCUCAGCAGUGGGACCCGACAUCAGAGACAUAAGAGUUUGGGCUCCGUGAGGUGACUGCACAUCCCGAGCCGCAGCAGAGUCACGGCAGCUCCAGUGUAUCCAUCAGCCCACUACUCCACCAGCCUGGAAACCUCUAACCUGGGGGUGAGAUGCGGUCCCUGGUUGUGAUGAGGGGCUGUGGGAUGGCUCCUUUGCCACAGACACGCCGCUAACCCUAAGCUAACCUCCCUGUUCUUGGCUCGCAUCAUGUGGCUCUAGUGUUUAACCCUGCUCAGCCGAGCCCACCCUCAGCGGGUGUUUGCUCCCAUUUCUCCUUGGGUGUUGGCUUCCACCCCUGGUGCUGCAAACACAUCCUGUACUCAAGGAGCGUAGAUAGAGAGGCAGGAAUGGCCAGGACGUGGUGGGGAUGCAGGUGGAGCAGAUGGGCAAGCACAGGGGGCAUCACGCAGCACAGCUCCACCAAGGUGCAUGCCAUGCAGCCCUGGUGCCCUAGGGGAGUUGCUCCCUGGGCUGGAGCAGCUCAGCACAGCACUGGCUCUCACCUCCCUGAGGGCAUUCUGGAACUCUGUCACCCUGCCUUGCUCUGUGCUUUCCUUCGUGCUUUCCCCACUGUCAGGAAAGCCCCUGGCUUAACUUGCUGGGGGUUUUUCCAAUAAA